GUUGCCGGGCGGAAGUCGUCACCACAUACGCAGCUCGCGCAGAACACUUCCGCCUUCUGAAGCGGAGAAGCUAGCGACUCUAUGAGCGGAGUUCGCGGUCUGAGCGGCGGCAUAGCGCUGUUUAAUCUUGGCCUGGGUUUCUAACUGAAAGAUUUAAAAGGAUUCCCCGGAGUCGGAGUCGUGGUGGAGUUGGAGUCGCGGUGUUCCCGGGGCCGGAGUCGCAGUGUUCUCCGAAUCGUGUUCCUUCACCACUUUCUCCAGUUCCAGUAGCUUUUCCUCCCAUGCGGUUGUUGAUGUAUGGGGGUUAAAAUGGAAGAGAUGAAGAAUGAAGCUGAGACGAGUUCAAUGGUCUCGAUGACGUUAUACGCCGUCAUGUAUCCCGUCUUCAAUGAGCUGGAGAGAAUAAACCUGUCAGCAGCUCAGACUCUGCGUGCAGCAUUUAUUAAAGCAGAGAAGGAGAACCCAGGUCUCACUCAGGACAUCAUCAUGAAGAUCCUGGAGAAGAAAAAUGUGGAGAUUAAUUUCACAGAGUCGUUACUGCGCAUGGCUGCGGACGAUGUUGAAGAGUAUCUGAUCGAGCGGCCAGAGCAGGAGUUUCAGGAUCUGAAUGAUAAAGCACGGGCGCUGAAGCAGAUCCUGAGUAAAAUUCCAGAUGAGAUAAAUGACAGAGUGCGCUUCCUCCAGACUAUAAAAGACAUUGCGAGUGCCAUAAAGGAGCUGCUGGACACCGUCAACAACGUCUUCAAGAAAUACCAGUAUCAGAACCGCAGGGCGCUUGAACACCAAAAGAAGGAAUUUGUGAAAUACUCGAAAAGUUUCAGCGACACACUGAAGACCUACUUCAAAGACGGAAAAGCAAUAAAUGUGUUCAUUAGUGCCAACCGGCUGAUCCACCAAACAAACCUGAUCCUGCAGACCUUCAAAACCGUUGCCUAGGAAACCGAGAGAGAGAGCGAGAGAGAGAGCGAGAGAGAGAGCGAGAGAGAGAGCGAGAGAGAGAGCGAGAGAGAGAGCGAGAGAGAGAGCGAGAGUAUGGAUGAGUGUGAGGGUUUAUGGGAAAUUCCUGUUAUAAUGUAAUAUACAAAAGUCUUUUGUUUCUUUCAUCUUUUUGUCUUUUUCCCUUUUUCCUCUUUUUGAACGUGUAAUUUAUAAACCGGAGGAAACUAAUAAAAAAAUAAACAUGCA